AUGCCGCGCUACUACACUCCAAAGGAGGUCCGUGCCCACUGCUUUGAGGAUGACGCAUUCAUCUCCGCCAACGGCAAAGUUCUAGACAUUACUCCGCUUAUUCAGCGGUACCAAGGCACGCGUUUUGCCAGCCUUGUGCAGCCACUCAUUCGCGCCGCCGGCACCGACAUCUCCCACUGGUAUGACAAGAACACGAUGGACCUGAAGACAUGCAUCGACCCCGAGACAGGAUUUCGUACGUACGCUCAACCGUUUGGUCGUUUUGCCCACAUACCCACCGUUCUUCCGGAUAGCAACAUUGACCUUAGCUACGAGGUGCCGUGGUGGAAAGACGAGCAAUACGUCAUUGGCAACCUCACCCGCAAGACACGCAAGAUACGUAUCAUCAACACUCUUAAUGGUGCAGAACACACACUUGAGGUGUGCGCCGAGGAGAAUUUGUUUGAGAUUGUCAAUACCAGAUUCCUCAAAUAUAAUGCACACGCACUGAGCUACACCUGGCGUCGUCAUGACCCAGAUGGGCGCGACCUUGACAUGACGAAGACGCUGGAUGAAAAUGGCAUUGUCGAUGAGUCUGAGGAGUUUGAGUCUCUAGGAUUGAACGCGGAUUUUUACAUCCCGGCGUUACACCUCUACUACGACGAUGAUCUAACGGAGGCGUAG